GUUUCGUGUUCAAUUGCUUGCUCUCAAUAUAAUAGUCAAAGCAGCACUCCUACAACCUCAUACCCAUUGAUUGCGUUUGAGGUUGCACUCACAUAUCACAAUGAGGCAAUUGCAAGCUCUGGUGCUCCUGGGCACUGUUGCCAACGCUGGCCUCGUGUCUGCUGGUUCAGUCCCGAGGGGUGUUAGUCCCGAGUUCGCCCGGUUUUAUGAGUUGGACAAGUUCACCUGCAUCGGACAUCCCGCCAUCACACUAUCCAAGUCCCGCGUCAAUGACAAUACCUGCGACUGCCCCGACGGCUCAGAUGAGCCCGGCACCGCCGCCUGCGCCAACCUCGACAGCCUCUCACCCUCACAGCCCCUGCCCGCCUCCCUCUCGGGCUCCACCAACACCACGAACGCCCUGCCCGGUUUCUGGUGUGCCAACGAGGGCCACAUUGGCGCCUACCUGCCUUUCCUCUACGUCAACGACGGCGUCUGCGACUACGACCUGUGCUGCGACGGCACCGAGGAGUAUAAGGCGGUUGGAGGCGUCAAGUGCCCGAACCGCUGUGGCGAGAUUGGCAAGGAGUGGCGCCGGGUCGAGCAGGAGAGGAAGGACAACCUCGAGAAGGCCAACAAGAAGCGCCGCACCAUGGCCAAGGAGUCCAAGGAGCUCCGCCGCCAGGUCGAGGCCAAGAUCGAAAAGCUCAAUGGCGAGAUCAAGGGCUUGGAGAGCAGGAGGGACGAUCUCAAGAAGAAGUACGACGAGGUCGAGCGGAGCGAACGUGGCAAGGUCGUCAAGGACCCCGGCACCGGCAAGCUGGGCCAGUUGGUCGUCCUCGCCAAGGGUAGAAUCAACGAAUUGCGAGAUGCCCUGAGCCUCAUUAUCAGCCACCGGGAUGAGCUGCAGAGCAGGGUCGAGGAGCUUGAGGCCAUCCUCGCAGCCUUCAAGGAAGAGUACAAUCCCAACUUCAAUGACGAGGGUGUCAAGAAGGCUGUCCGAGCAUGGGAGGACUACGCUGCCAAGUCAGGGGAGGAUAAGGAUCAAGUCACCGAAGACGACGUUAAGGAGAUCCUCAAGGAGGACAGCGACAGCAACGGUAUCAACUGGGGCGAAUAUGAUGAAGGUGAAAUCACUGAUACCGACGUCCUGUACAACUUGGAGGGUUAUCUUCCUGUUCCUGUCCGCGAUUUCGUCCACGACAAGCUGAACUUGCUGCGUAUUUGGCUUAUUGAGAACGGCAUCCUGGCCGACCAGCCUGCGGGUAAGGGCGAGUCGCGUCUUGUGGCCGCCGCCCGUGAGGCAUACCAGUCUGUCGAAUCGGACAUCAACAACAAGCAGCGCGAGAUUGACGACAAGAAGAAGGACCUCGAGAAGGAUUACGGCCGCGACGACAUCUUCCGUCAACUCAAGGACAAGUGUGUCAGCACCGACGCCGGAGAGUACACUUAUGAACUCUGCUGGAUGGGCAAGACGUCGCAGAAGUCCAAGAAAGGCGGCGGUUCCACUAACAUGGGUAACUUUGACCGUGUCGACUUUGAGGAGAGCGACGAGGAAGCGCGACAUGACGGCAAGGGCCUGGGCAGAGGCAAGCGCAUGGUCCUCAGGUACGAGAACGGACAGCAUUGCUGGAACGGCCCCAACAGACGUACCGAUGUCUGGCUGGGAUGCGCCGAGACCGAGGAGCUCUGGAGGAUAUCCGAGCAGGAGAAGUGUGUCUAUAAAAUGGAGGUCGGCACCCCAGCUGCCUGCGAGGAAGCUGUUGAGUCGGCGGCGCACGGUAGAGAUGAGUUGUAGCCGGUCGAUCCCGGCCGAGAUGAGCAAGAUAUAGACAUUAGAGAAGAAAAAACUAUUCAGCAUGGAAGU